GACGAAUAAUACCUUAACUACAUUCAGAAUGAAAAGUUUCAUGCUUCAUUGUUAGUUUAUUUUGAAUAAACGGCGCCGCUUUUCAGUAACAGUUGCUUAUUUUCGCGCUAACUGUUCUUAUCCUGUAAUUUCUAAAAAUUUAUUUAAAAUAACAACUGAUAUGAAUUCGAAUUCAAAUCGAGAUGAAAAGCAGCAAACAAUUGGAUAUACUAGUGAUGUAGCAUAUGGACCUCAAAAAACACAGCGUGAUUAUGGAAAUGAUUACUCUAAACUUGCAUUAAAUGGAGGUCGAAAAGGUUUAUUACGUAUGGAUAAUGAUGAAGAACUUUCUGAAGAAAGACGGCAAAAAGGGUGUGGUGAGCUUUCUGAAUACUCUAGAUUAGCUAGACAAGGUGGUCAUAAAGAUUUACUGGUUAUUGAAGAGAAUAAGCGUACAGAGAGAGUAGAGCAUCAUCCAACAUCUGGAGUUUGGUUUGAGUAUAACAAUAAUACAUCAGCUUCUCCUCAUAGACAUAAUAAAUCUAAUAAUGAUACCAUAGAAGUUAAAACACCUGCUGAAAUGAUACAACAACCAAUUGUAAGACCCAAGCAGAUGAGAAUAAAUGGCUGUUUACCUGAUGGAGAGGAGUUAGUAAAAAAAUCAGGGAAGAAGAGAUUUGAUAAUUCAGGAAGAGCUGAGGCGCCAUUUGCCACAGAUUACUGAAACAUCAUUUUUAAAGUUUUCGCGACGACGUUUGAAUUGGAUUUUGUUAUUUCGUAAAUGUAAAAAAGUUUAUAAAUAAAAUUUGUAAUAAUACGUGAGUUCUGAUAGGAUAAAUAUCACGUAUGUUAUCUUUUAUCUAGUUUUGCGUUUGUUUUUAUACCAUUUUACGAUUGAAAGGAAAAUUUUUAUUCAAUUUUAAAUUGUUAUUUUGCCGCUAAUAGUUUCUUAAUGUUAAU